AUGGAUCAGCAACCGCGAGUCGCAUGCUGCACACUACAUGGACAAGCGGGCCAGUGCGGUCAUGAUGGCGUACCUGCUAUUGUGCAGCCGCUGGAGGAGCUGUUUGCUGAUUACUUGCAAGAUCGAGACGAAUUGAUCACGUCUGAGGCAAUAGAUCCCAAUUCCCUGACGGAAGAAGAGCAAGAUGAGCUCGAGGCCGACGCGAUGGAGGUCGAAGAUUUAAUCGAGCCAGACACUGUUGGCUCUGUUGACGACCAGCACGACGAUCUACGAGCGGCCAAGCGUGUCGCACAGGAGGGCACGUAUGAGCUGCUGUUCAACAUUGCGCCAAUGCAGCUCGAAAAACAGCUUCGGCCAGGCCAAGUCUACCGAACCAUCCAGGCCGUGACCAAGCGGUUUCUUGGAACCAGCAUCACUGUCAGCGCAUGGCGGCACAUGAGUGUGGCUUGGCUGCGUACACUGGUGUUGCAUCAUACGCCCGAGCCUUCAUUGGGGGCGUUGAAUGUGGCACACUCUCAAAGCCAGCAUGCAGGCAGAACGGCACGCAACGUCUAUGGCCGCACGCAGCUCGAUCACAAGUUUGUGUCCAGUGAAGCGCAGUACGGCCAUCAGUUUGUGUCUGAAGAAUGGCACAAGCUCAUGAAGCUGGUAGAUGUAGAGGAUCAGAUCCAAGCCGAGGCCGUGGAUGGGCAGACCUAA